CCUCAGUCCUCUCCCCAUCCCCCUCCAUAUCUCCCUCGUCCUCCAUCGCCUCUCGUCUCAUCUACUCCCGCUCCGUCAGUAUCCCCGUACCCCCGCGCUCGCCGUCGUGCCACCUACCAAGCCACACCUGAGCUGCCGGUUUUCUUUUUAUCCUUCCCUUUCCGCGUAACCGCGUGGCGUGGGAGGGCAGUUCGGUUUCGGAAUUGGGAGCGUUUCCGGCCCGUUCCUGGUGCCACUGGAAGGGAGGACGGCUCCGGGGGAUCGCACUGCGGCGGACGCGGUCGGGUCGCGGCGGCAUUUCGCUCCGGCGUCAGUGGCUUCCCGAGGCGUUUGGCUUUUGUCCUUGCGGCGGGCGGGCGGGCGGACGGGGCUCGAGGUUGGUGGCCGGCCAGGCGCAGCGCAUCCUUUUCGCGGUCGGCUUUUCGGAGCGGCCGCUGCUGGUGGCGCGGUGGUGGGGAUGAGCCUUGCCUUUCCGCCGCCUCGGCGUGGCGUGAUUCCGAAGGGUUGCAGGGAUUUGUAUUGGUUUUCGCCUUUCUGGUAGAUAGAUAAAUCGCAUCUUUUGGAGGGCUCAGCUGACACGAAGGUUACGGACAAUGCCGAGCAUCCGAGCUCCGGCGUCGAAGCAGACGGCCACGCUACAGGUGGCUGUCAAGUGCAGGCCAUUGACCGACAACGAGCAGCGGCGCUCGCGGCAUAUCAUCCAGGUCAUUGAUGAUAAGACUGUGGUUGUGCUGGACCCCGAUCUGUCAAAGGAUUACCUGGACCUCAUACAGAACCGGACGAAGGAGAGGAGAUACACCUUUGAUCACGUGUACCCACCCGGGUGCUCCAAUUCGGACGUGUACAAGAAUAUAUCCUCCACAAUUUCUGGUGUAGUCCAAGGCCUUAAUGCAACAGUCUUUGCUUAUGGUUCUACUGGAAGUGGCAAGACUUACACUAUGGUUGGAACCCACAGUGAUCCUGGCCUUAUGGUUCUUAGCUUUCGUACAAUUUUUGAGAUGAUAAAAAAGGACGGCGGUCCAGAUACAUUUGAAGUCUCAUGUUCAUAUCUGGAAGUGUACAAUGAGGUUAUCUACGAUUUGCUUGAGAAAUCCUCUGGACACCUGGAGCUUCGAGAAGAUCCUCAGCAUGGCAUAAUAGUUGCUGGAUUGAGAAGCAUUAAGGUUCAUUCUGCAGAUAGAAUUCUUGAGCUGUUGAACAUAGGCAACAGUAGGCGCAAGACAGAGAGUACAGAAGCAAAUGCUACCUCUUCUCGGUCACAUGCUGUACUCGAGAUUACUGUAAAGCGAAAGCAGAAAGGUCAAUAUGGUAACCAAGUUCUUCGUGGAAAGCUUGCCUUGGUUGAUCUUGCGGGCAGUGAGAGGGCCUCUGAAACAAACAAUUUUGGGCAAAAACUUAGAGACGGAGCCAACAUCAAUCGGUCACUCCUUGCAUUAGCAAACUGCAUCAAUGCCCUAGGCAAGCAAAACAAGAAAGGUCUUGCCUAUGUUCCCUAUCGCAACAGCAAAUUAACCCGAAUUCUAAAGGAUGGGCUGUCUGGUAAUUCUCAAACUGUUAUGGUUGCUACAAUAUCACCAGCUGAUGAUCAGUAUCAUCACACAACCAAUACACUCAAGUAUGCAGACCGUGCUAAGGAGAUAAAAACACAUGUCCAUAAAAAUAUUGGAACACUUGACACUCAUGUUGAAGACUAUCAGAGGAUGAUCGACAAUCUCCAGGUUGAGGUUUCUCAGUUGAAGAAGGAAUUAGCUGAGAAGGAGCAUCAAUUAAGUGUAAAACCUACUGAAAAAGCUGCAGAUAGCGAGCUGUCUUGGUUAAAUGUCUUGAGCCAGGAAACUGGUGAGAAUGUUCAGGAACGAAUAAAUCUGCAGAAGGCUCUGUUUGAACUUGAAGAAACCAAUAAGCGCAACCGAAUGGAGCUCCAGCAUCUUGAUGAUGCUAUUGCAAGGCAUCAGGUGAAAGAAAUGGACUCUACAGUUCUGCAAGCCUUAACGUCAAGGAGACAAGUUAUUCUUGACAACAUCCGUGAUAAUGAUGAAGCUGGUUCUGGAUAUAGAAAGGACAUUGAGAUGAAUGAGAGUCGCAGGCGUCAACUCCAGGACAUGAUCGAGGAAGCUGUCAGUAACAAUGGCAAUAAAACCUACCUACACAUUCUCAGCCAGUACAGACUUCUUGGAAUGACUAAUGCUGAGCUCCAAAUUGAGAUGGCUAUGCGGGAUCAAGUAAUACAUAAUCAGAGGGAGGCUCUUAGGAGCCUGUGGAACAUUCUUUAUGGAACAGGGCUAAAUCAGAAACAAAUUCGUAAAUUGGCUGCUAAGCAAGGCUUAACCGUAGAAGGUUGUCCAUUGCCUAGCUCGAGCCCAGAUGUUACAACGCCACCUUCCUUUCCACCUCAUAGCAGGCUGCCACAGUUCAUGUCAUUUCCUAGUCCACAGUCAGAGCCUUAUUCUCCGUCUACCUGCUUUUUCCAACAUGGUUUCAGCACUAUGUCUUUGCACCAAAAUCAACAUGAGACACCUACCAUAUGUAGGCAGGAGCACCUCAGUUCUUACUACAUGACGUCUGGCUGCUCGCCUUAUUCUGGUGAUGGAAAACAGUGGUCAAGUGGAAGGUCAAUGCCAUUUUUUUCUACACCAGAAAAACCUAGGGAGAUGAGCGGAUUUUACCCAGCAACAGAAAGCGCACAAUACCAGGGCAGCAAGGAACAUUCUGGCAGUCAUGGUCUCGGUCUGCAUAGGAAGGAUUCGUGGUCCAUGGAGAGGAAAUGAAGGGGCUCGAGAUGCUCCUCGUGCACAAAACAGCUAUCAUGGCUACAAUAUGGCCUGCCUGACGUUCCUAACCUCGGUUGCUGUGUGCAUCAUCUUCUGCCUGCUGCCGACACCAACGUAAUGGGUUUCCUGAGAUCUGAAGAGAUCCUAGCAGAUUUCAGCCAAGUUGUUGCCUUUGGCCGCGGCCACAAGAUUGAUGCCUCUAGACCCUGCUGACAUUGCUCACCCCACCCUGUACAGUAGAUGCUAGGUCUCAUGAUUUCCUCCUCUUUUUAUUUCUUCUUCCUUGAUAGAGUGGUUGCUGAGGGUGAAUCUGAGUUUUGGACCAAAGAUUCUGUAAAUCAUCUGCGGCUUUAAACCCUUCUUCAGUAAAUCCAAUGAAAAAGGCUUUGAAGUCUGGUCUUCUAACACU